UCAUUCUUCAUCAUUCUCUUCCCUCUCCAAUUCCACAACGAACAUAUUCAUCAAUCAUAUCUUCUUCUUCCAUGGAAAAUUAUUAUGAUUAUUACUCCAAGUCCAACAUGAUGAUUGUCUCAUUCUUAUUCCUCAUGUUUCAUCUGGGUUUGUCUCAGCAGCUUCUUGAUCCAAGCCUGUCUUUAGGCAACAUGCAGUGCGUGGAGAAGCUGGGUCCUUGUGAGCCGUACCUGAAGUCGCCGGGGGCCAAGUCGGGGACGCCACCGGAGACCUGCUGUCAGCCGUUGAAGGACAUGAUCGCCAAGGACUUGGAGUGUCUCUGUAAUGUGUUUAACAGCCCUGAAAUGCUUCAGUCCAUCAACGCUACCAGAGAUGAUGCCUUGAAACUUCCCAAGGCCUGUGGUUUAGAUGAUGAUGCUUCCAAAUGCAACAAAGAUGCAAGCUCAUCAACUAGUUCACCCAGUGGCCUAAACCUAACUGCGGCAGACACUGAGGAAAAAGCAUCAAACUCAGCAAGUUCAAUCACAGUGAUUACUCCCUAUGGCCUUGUUUUGAUGUUUGCUUCAGUUUUUUCUGCACAUUGCUGGGUUUAGACAAGUUCUUGGAGACUAAGCUAAUUUAAAUUAAUUGGAUUCUCAACAUUUAUACAAAUCACAUACCAGUAUGGGAUUUAUUUCUCCUGACACCGACUUCCGCAUUUCUUUUGAUCUCUUUAAGAAUGUAUCAUAUGCAAUUACUUAAUGAAUUAAUGCAGAGAAUCUGGAUUGGAGUUAUACUUGAAAUUGAUCAGGGAAGGAAAGGGAAGAAGUUUCUGUAUACAUUUAUUUCUGGGUUGGUUCUUUCAUGAAGAGAAAGGACUGUUCAAAUCCUAGUUUUGCUGAUGGGAUAGUUAGGCACCAUGAAUGAAGAGUGCUGUGUAAUUAAUUUUAUGAUAAAUGAAUACGAUCAUAUGAUUACUUUUA